GGGAGAGGGAGAGGGGUCUGGAGAAGAAGAGGAAGAGAGAGAAACCCCAAACCCUAAUUCGUUUCUCCUCUCUUUCUCUUUCUGAACCCUUAGUCUAGGGUUUUCACUAAGGAAUCCAUCAUGCAUAAGCUAGGAAGAGGACACCGUGAUAAACUUCAGCAAUUCAUGGCGAUAACUGGAAGCAGUGAGAAGGUAGCUCUUCAAGCAUUGAAAGCUAGUGACUGGCAUCUAGAGAGUGCUUUUGAUAUUUUCUAUAGCCAGCCACAGAUUAGAGGAGUGAUGGAUAUGAGACAUCUUGAAGAGCUUUACAAUCACUACAAAGAUAAUUAUGCUGAUAUGAUUUUGGUUGAUGGCAUUUCCAUGCUUUGCAAUGAUCUGCAGGUGGAACCUGAUGAUAUUGUUAUGCUGGUUCUAUCUUGGCAUAUGAAGGCUGCUACAAUGUGUGAGUUUUCUAGGCAGGAAUUUUUGACUGGUCUACAAGCACUCGGGGCUGAUUCAAUUGGAAAGCUUCGUGAAAAAAUACCGUUGAUGCGGGGUGAACUUAAAGAUGAACAUAAAUUUCGCGAAAUAUAUAACUUUGCUUUUGGAUGGGCAAAGGAGAAGGGGCAAAAAUCUCUUGCAUUGGAUACAGCCAUUGGCAUGUGGCAAUUACUGUUUGCUGAAAAAAACUGGUCCUUGGUUGACCAAUGGUGCCAGUUCCUACAGGUAAAGCAUAACAAAGCGAUUUCAAGGGACACAUGGUCUCAGCUGCUGGAGUUUGCCAAGACGAUUGAUCCUUCAUUGUCUAACUAUGACGCCGAAGGUGCUUGGCCCUACCUGAUUGAUGAAUUUGUGGAGUACUUGGCUGAGAAUGGAAUUGUGCAGCAUCGGAGCUGAAGGUACAGAGAGGCUGUUUCGUCACCCAAUUGCUUAUAAUAUCAUUUAUCAUGUUCUGUCCUCAAUCCAUUUCAAAGUUAUGUGAAGAUCAAAAUCCCUUGUCACCUGAAUUUGACUGUGAUCAGAAGAAAAAGGAAAUGCAGCACUGAACUGCUGUUUUCAUUCUACUUCAAAUGCAAAUGUUAUUGUAUUGCACAACUAGUUGUAAUUUAUAUGUGACAGAGACAAUAUUCUUGGGAAAUUUUCUUAGCUUUGUCCUGGCCAAAAAUACAUCCUUGUUUGGUAAUCA